CCAUUGCGCGAAUGUGGUCGAGGCGACCAGAAAAGGGCUUGGUUCUACCAGCGUAACAGCGCGAGCUGCGAUUGGAGCGCAGAGGAGAGCGACUGCGAACGGCGACUAGACGUACUUGGAGGACGAGCGAUAUCCGAGGCAGGCACCGACUUAGACUGGCACCAUUGCGGUAGCUGUCGCCAAGAUACACGGCUUUCGGCACAUAUUAGGUUGAGACAAGUAAUAACUCCUUUUGGGAAAAACCGAGCAGGAGAAAAUGGCCCUUACGGUGCUAUGUCUUUCAGUGACUCUGAUGUCCAUCGGCGGUUGGGGAAACGUCGAGGCCUUGGCGAUGAGUGAGGUGAAUGGGCCAGGCCCUCUAGUGGCCGAGCCCCAGAUUGCCAUGUUCUGCGGGAGGCAGAUCCUGCACAUGAACCCGGAGAGCGGGCAGUGGGAACCGGACCCUCAGGGCCGGCGGGGCUGCUUCAACGACCCCAGCCAGAUCCUGUCCUACUGCCAGGAGAUGUACCCAGCCCUGCAGAUCUCGCGUGUGGAGGAGUCCUCAAGCCCUGUCACCAUCCCGGCCUGGUGUAAGAAGGGCUGGCACCACUGCCAGAUGCGCCCCUUCAUCGUCCUCCCGUACCGCUGCCUGGUUGGGGAGUAUGUGAGUGAGGCCCUGCUGGUUCCUGACCGUUGUCGCUUUCUGCACCAGGAGCAGAUGGAUGCCUGUGAGAGCCACGUGUACUGGCACAACAUCGCCAAAGAGGCCUGCACAGCGGACAGUCUGGAGUUGCACAGCUACGGGAUGCUGCUUCCGUGCGGGGAUAAGUUUCGGGGUGUGGAGUACGUCUGCUGCCCAGGCAGGGGAGGCUCCAGUGUGAGAGGGGACGCUGAUGUGGGGGACGGGCCCCAGGGGGCCACCCAAACCCUGGCCCCUCAGGCAGACAGCAAAGCCAGUACAGGCACCAAGGUGGCACCCCCUACCCCUAGCCCCAACACGGACACCGACGCGGAGGAGGCCGAGAUUGUGGAGGAAGAGGAGGAGGUAGAGGAGGAAGAGGAAGAGGAGGAGGCGGGAGCCAAAGUUGCGGACGAGUACGAGUACUCCAUCGACUCCGGGCCCUACCAGGCCUCGGACUACCUGGACUCCUUCUACUACGAGAAGGAGGCUCAGGCCAGCCGUAGCCCCCCCACGCCCCCACCCCAAACCCGGGGCGACAGCUUGCCCACACCUCGGCCAACAGACGGGGUGGACGUUUAUUUCGAGAUGCCAGGUGAAGACAGCGAGCAUGCCAGUUUCUUGCGUGCAAAGAUGGACUUGGAGGAACGGCGAAUGAAGCGCAUCAACGAGAUCAUGAAGGAGUGGGCUGAGGCGGACAACCAGUCCAAGAACCUGCCGAAAUCGGACCGCCAGGCACUCAACGAGCACUUCCAGUCUGUGCUGCAGACGCUGGAGGAACAGGUUGCAGGGGAACGGCAGAGGCUUGUGGAGACGCACCUGGCCCGGGUGGUGGCCACGCUCAACAACAACCGCCGCCUGGCCCUGGAGAGCUACCUGACAGCCGUGCAGAGCGAGCCCCCCCAGCCGGAGCGCGUCCUGCAGGCCCUGAAGCGCUACAUGGCCGCCGAGCAGAAGGACCGCAGACACACGCUGAGGCACUACCAGCACAUCGAGGCUGUCGAUCCGCAGAAGGCCGAGCAGAUGAAGUUCCAGGUGUAUACCCACCUGCAUGUGAUCGAGGAGAGGAUGAAUCAGAGCCUGGGACUGCUCUACAAGGUCCCUGCCCUGGCCGAGGAGCUCCACCAAGAGAUCCAGGAGCUGGUGAAAGGGGAGAGAGGUGACAUCAGCGAGCUCAUGACCACCUCCUUCUCUGAGACCCGCACCACGGAGGAGCUGCUGCCAGCCGAGAGCGAAGAGGAGAAGGAUGAUGAGGAAGAGGAGGAGCGGGCCUUCCAGAACAGGCCGUACCCGCCCCGCAUCGACUCUCAGCCCAACAGUAAGAAAGGGAUGGAUGAGUAUGACUAUGCCACGGCUGAAUAUGAAGAAAAGGUGAACACAUCUGUGGAACUGAAGCAGGUGGUGUACAAGUCUCCAGGAAUCCAGAGAGAUGAACUGCAACCUGACGCCUUGGAGACGUUCAACCGCGGGGCCAUGGUGGGGCUGCUGGUGGUCGCCGUGGCGAUUGCCAUGGUCAUGGUGAUCAGCCUGCUGCUGGUUCGCAGGAAGCCGUACGGCACCAUUAGCCACGGCAUUGUGGAGCAGGUCGACCCUAUGCUCACCCCAGAGGAGCGACAGCUGAACAAGAUGCAGAACCACGGCUACGAAAACCCCACCUACAAAUUCUUUGAGCAAAUGAACUGAGGAGAUGGGCGGGGCCUCUGGGUCGAGGCCCGUAGCAAAAGAUCCACCCUCUCUUUUUCCCACUUUAGGGAUUGUCCCCCCUCCCGUCACUUCCUGAAAUGUGGAUGUACCAUCAGAACAACAAUUAAAAUUUUAAACAAAAUAGUAACCCCCCCCCCCCCCCUCGCAAACACCCUGACCAUUCUCAGAUUACUUAGUAUUUAGGGGUAGAAAUCAUCCCUGUAUUUAGAAGACAUUGUCCCCAUGUUUAUUUUAAGGAAUGUUUUGUUUCUGACUGUUUUGGAACAAAAGGGUUUGCAGUGGAGUUAACUGAAGAAUGUCCUGAUUUGCAAUGUUAAUAAUGGAAUUUGUUUUAAAUGAGCUAUUAUUUUGUUGUAGGUGACAUAUAGAAAUAUUUAAUUUUGUAUUUUAGAGUAUACUAUUAUCGUUGGUUUAAUUAUUUUAUUAUGACAUAGCUGAAAAUUAUAUUAUUUUUUAAAUUCAGAUAAAUAUUGUUACGUGAGUCGAGGAGAAUUCAGUUCUAACAAUCUACGCUGACUUUUCAUUCCUUGUCACUUUUAAAAACGUAUGUUUAGAACUGCUUAAGAACCACUGUGACCCCCUAGCACACAUAAUGUGUGAGCAAUUGGCUUUCAAAUGGGAUGAUAUAGUUUUAACCAUAAGAGAUGAUGGGGAAGGUAAAGGUGAGGUGGCCAUCUUGCUCAGUGUGUAUGUUAAAGCAUCAAUACCGCGAUAUAAGUGAACUGACAGGAAAAGCACUGAAACAUUAUGUUUAAAUAGAAGACCCAAAAUGGUUGUCAUUCUAUGGCACACACACAUGUAUAUACACACAUACACACACACACACACACACACACACACACACACAUAUACACACACAUAUAUAGACUCACACACCCACACACUUAUGCUUAUUUAUUAUUUAUUUAUUUAAUUCUUUUUUUUUUUAAUGUGUCUUUUUUCAUUUGUAUUUCGAAAGACAAAAAAUCCUAUAUUAAUAUGACGGAGUGGGGGUCCAUAAAACCUUUCGAUGCAUUUUGAGAUUUGUUGAGUCAAACUCCAAAUUGGUUUCACUCAAGACAGUGACAUUUCAAAAAUAAUAUGCUGUAGCUGCCCACUACAAACAUUUAUCUUGUUCAUUGUGUCACUGAGGAAAUGUCUCAGUACUGAAUAACUGUUAAUUGUACCACUACUUAAAAAAAUGUUGAAUAAUAAUCAGAAAUCCUUUAUUUUAAAGAACGCAUGCAAAUUUGGUGUAUGACGCUACCGUAUUUGUGUUGUUCCUGUUUUUGCUUUUGAUAAAAUGGAAAUGUUGCAAUUUAAUUGACAGUGUAGAUACAAACAACUUAAAUGGGAAAAAUGUAACCUUUUCAUUUUUACUUUGCAUCAAUGCAAGUGCGGAAAAAAAACAUACUGUGCUGCUCAGAGGGAGAGAACAUAUUUAAAACAUGGCUGAUUGAAAACGGACUGUUGUUAAAAAAAGAAAUAAAUAAAAACCAGCACAAGGCAACAAUACAGUUACUUCUGACUGAAUGUAUUUUAGGUAGAAAUUUAGAACUAACUUCCUUUCAAAUGUGCACCACUGUCUUAAGUAAUCCCUUUCACAAAAAGCACCACAGUCCAUUAGGAAACCCAUUAUAUUAAUAUCUGUCUAUAGUUUACCGUGGUACCACGCCACUUGUUGUGUCUGGUUUUUGGGUCUGGUAUACAUCUACAAAGACAAUGAAAUACGUAUUUGCACAUCGUCAAAUUUUGGUGCAUAUUUGAAGUGAAUUCAACAAAUCAAGGUAAUGUUGUCUUUAUCUGGGCAGGAAAGGCUUGGUAAACAGAGAGGCCUAGCUAGUGUCAAAGCCUGGGGCCACAGUAGAUUAUGUAGCCCAGAAUAGGUGACACAUAAGGGAAGUAAACAAAAAAAAAAAAAAAAAUGUGUGAAGUAUUUUUUAGAUGUUAACUGUUAAACACAUCUUAAUUCUGGCACACUGUAGCUCAGUAUGUCUUAAUGCGUUAUCCUGUGCUGUCAAGUUAGUUUAAAAUAACAUACAUUGAAAAUAUUAGCAGCAAUGAUGUGGAAUGUUUUUGUCUACUAUAGAUACUACCUUUUCAAUGAAUAAUUCCAUCAUGGGAAAAUUGGCUACAUAUUGACAAGGCUAAACUUGAUAUCAUAAUUACUAUUAGUAAUAUUUUGUCUUUGUAAAUAAGAAUCAGUGGUACAGGUAAAUUGCAAGCUAUAUUGAGAGGGCUUUAGACAUUUUUUAACAUUUGUUUUUUUUGUUCCAUGCUUGUGUGAAAAGACAGAAAUGGCUAUCAAUGUAGACUGAAACAGCAACUGUGUAGAUAUACCGGUGUGGUUUGCAUUUAAAUCUGGCAAAACCCAGUCAAUCUCUGCUUUACCAUUGCAUUCUUAAUAUGACACCAACGGCAACCACACUUUCACACAUAUCUUCGUAAAAUUAUGAACAAAUAAAAAAAACCUCCUUCAUACUUAACUUUAUUCUGUACUUUUGUAUGUGUUGUUCAAAUGCAGCUGUGCUGUGCAGCUUAAUCACAGACAAUUUACCGGUUACAAAAAUGCAAACAAUGUAGAUAGGUGAAAGUUGGUAUAGUAAUUGCGUAGUUUUGUACAGCCAUGUCAGUGAAUGACCAUAUAGGACGUCUCUUGCCAUCUUGGCCAUGUACUGGUAUUUGGACAGAAAGUUCAAUAGCCACAGAAGAGGGGUUGCCAGGUUGUCCACAUUUCCCACAGAAGUUAGCUCCUCACCAGCAUUUGGCUAGGGACAAUGGUGCAUCGUUUUGAGUUGCCAAUUUCAAAAGACCAACUGAAUUACUUGUCCCUUGUGCUUGCCCCCCCCCUCCCCCAGUGUGAAAGAAAACAAAGAAAAUGUGUUAAGAUUUGUAUUUAAUUGCUGUUAUUAUUGCUUAUUUCCACGCUGUGUUUCAGAGGUUAGAAUUAUCCGUUUGUUACUUAGCAGACAGUGUCAAUGGGCUUGAGUGUCAUGUUGUUUUUUUUAAAUAAUAAGUGAUAAGUUCAUUGAAAAAUCCUGACAUUACCCCAUAAAGGGGGAUACUAGACUGUAGCAUGACCAAUUAACCAUCAUAUGUUGACGCACAGUACCAAGAAACCAAAUAAUAUUAUUUUUGGCAGGAAGACAGGUUCUUAGAAUUGGCAUGAACUAUGACUUCACCAUCAUUCCAGCUCAUAGCAUUAUAAACUGAUUAGAAACAUGUCAAAACUACCUAGGAAGUUGAUUGUCAGUUUCACUCAAAAUUUGACCAAAGAUUUGCUCGUGAAAAUAUUGGGGAAAAGUCUGUCUAAUUUGCCUGAUUUUGUUGAACAUGUCCAAGUGUAUGAUAUGAGCCAGCCAACUGAGAUAAUAAACGUAUUUAUUGAUUUGAAAUAGUAAUAAAAUGACAAAUGACAAACGAA